AUGGGUUUGGCUUCAAAACAUCAUUCUGGUCCUCGGCCUGAUCCACACCCUGAAAUACCUGCUGCAGGAAGCGUUAUUCACGUUGAUCAUUCCAACUCGAGCAAGCUAUGUCUAGACUGGGGAAAUCACACAACAUAUACUAAACGGUCGUUGCUAGAUCCAAUGCAGCACAUUCCAGGACAGGUUUCGCCAAACGUUUCUGCAGUUUCAGAAAAGGCUCGCAGUCUUACCCACGGAGUAAUAUGCGAUAGGACUCAUAAUGCUGGUGAAGUGCUAUUUCCGCCAUGUCAGCAUCCUCUGAUCGCUGAGCAAGAUGCAUUGAUGGAGGCAAACUAUCAUCGUAAAGAGCAUCAAACAUUAGGAAAAUCUGCUCCUCUGAUAACACCACUUCCCGAUUUCACCGACGAUGCAUCGUUUAAAUUUGGAAAGGUGUCUAAAAAGGAAGUAACGGUGGCAGAAAUUAUGUAUCCACCACCUCUUGAUUCAGAUCUUGAUGACUCUCUAGAAGCACAAGAAAAACGUCGCAAUCAUCAUCGUCAAUACCUUAUAAGUCACGGUUCGUAUGCACCAGGUGAGCGUCGGAUGCACUAUGGGCUAGAAUGGACUACCCCUAACCAUGACAUAAAGGGUGCCAAACAACGGUUCGACAAUGACGGGAGUCGAGUACAAGACGCCAUGUAUUGGGAAGAUGUUCGAUUGCAAGAAAUUAAAAGUAAACUUGUCAGCUCUCGUUUAGCCGAAUUUCGUGAGCGUCAUCAACCACAAAUUGGGUGUGUUCACGAUCCCAUCAAGAGCACAAUGGAGCAUUUACCAAAAGACUAUACUUUUGGUAUAACUUUUCCAGUAGAUGAAUUCAGUGUGAGAGAGUUACUUGGAAAUUCAGAGCAUACUGUUGAGUCUGCAGGAAUGAAGAACAAAACUAGACUUCCACCGGCUGGAUUACCUACAAAUCGGCAUGACAAUCUUGCCCAACCACGACAUAUUAUCCCCAAGAUCAUGCCAAAUGAAGAUCAAUCUAUAGUGCUCAAGAUCACUGAAGAUGUGCCUGGUGGAAGAAAACUAGAAAACAGUGGCAAGCAGCAGUUUGAUGUUUGCCAUACAUUUGGAAUUCCGACUGUUCGUGAUCCAUGUGGACAUGUGCGAACCAGUAAGCUUGCUGAUUCCAUCAACUAUGGUGAUGAGCUGGGAGCCAAAGGUUUGAUGUAUCCCACCCCACGCAAUGUCUAUGGAAUUGACCAGCUGCGUGAAUUUGAACAAUACAUCUGCCAGCUACGAUCUCAAUCGAAUGCAACUGCCAGCUAA